AUGUGUGUAUGCAUAGGAAUCGCAGCACGAUUGCCUUGCAAAUUUGUAGCAGCAAAUAAAUUUUUUAGAGAAGCAAUUCUGAAAACGGCGAAAGCACUGGUAGAGGAUACGAAAGCGCUUGUGGCCGGCGCGGCAUCGAAUCAGGAGCAGCUUGCAGUGGCCGCUCAGAACGCCGUUCGCACAAUUGUUAAUUUGUCGGAUGCGGUGAAAAAUGGCGCUGUUUCAGAAGCAAUUCUGAAAACGGCGAAAGCACUGGUAGAGGAUACGAAAGCGCUUGUGGCUGGCGCGGCUUCGAAUCAGGAGCAACUUGCAGUGGCCGCUCAAAAUGCCGUUCGCACCAUUGUUAAUUUGUCGGAUGCGGUGAAAAAUGGCGCUGUUUCGUUAUCGUCGGACAAUGCCGAGGCACAAGUCAUGGUCAUCCAUGCAGUGCGUGAUGUGGCAGCCGCUCUUUCGAAUCUAAUCCAAGCAACGAAGAAUGCAUCCGGUCGCUCACUGCACGAUCCGGCAAUGGGACAUCUCAAGGAAGCAGCCAAGGUGAGGCCGGUAAUGGUAACAAAUGUAACGUCGUUAUUGAAAACCGUAAAAACCGUUGAAGAUGAGCAUCAGCGUGGGACACGAGCACUGGAAGCAGCAAUAGAAGCAAUCGGCCAGGAAAUCCAUCUGUACGAUACUGGAGAAGCACCCACGAGAGGUUCAUGA